AUGGGUGCCUACAAAUAUUUGGAAGAAUUACAAAGAAAAAAACAAUCUGAUGUCUCUCGUUUCUUAUUGAGAGUCAGAUGUUGGGAAUACAGACAAAAAACUGUUAUCCACAGAGCCUCUAGACCAUCUAGACCAGACAAGGCUAGAAGAUUAGGUUAUAAAGCUAAACAAGGUUUUGUUAUCUUCCGUAUUAGAGUUAGAAGAGGUGGUAGAAAGAGACCAGUUCCAAAAGGUGCCACUUACGGUAAACCAACCAACCAAGGUGUUAACCAAUUGAAAUACCAAAGAUCUUUAAGAGCUACUGCUGAAGAACGUGUUGGUAGACGUGCUGCUAACUUGAGAGUCUUGAACUCUUACUGGGUUAACCAAGAUUCUACUUACAAAUACUUUGAAGUCAUUUUGGUCGAUCCUUCCCACAAGGCCAUCAGAAGAGACCCAAGAUACAACUGGAUUGUUAACCCAGUUCAUAAACACAGAGAAGCCAGAGGUCUUACUUCUACUGGUAAAAAAUCAAGAGGUAUCAACAAAGGUCACUUAUUCAACAACACCAAAGCCGGUCGUCGUCACACCUGGAAAAGACAAAACACUUUGUCUUUAUGGAGAUACAGAUCUUAA